AAAUUCAAAGAAAAAAAUCUCAGUAUGAGACAAUGAUAUAAGUAUAUAAAUGUGCAGGUACCUAACAACCAUUAGGUAAGCCAUGAACUUCAAAGAGAAUUCUCCUUAAGCCACUUUUACUUCAAUAUCACAUAUUAAAUUCCAUGGUUAUGUUAUAGCAUUGAGCUGAAAUUACUCCAAUCUUAUUCAAAUAAGGUUGCUAAUUCCAGCAGAAUAUUAUCAUAAUUUGAGAAUAUCAAAGGCACAUAUUCAAAGAAUGAGGCUUAAUAUAUCAGUUCUAUGUGUCAUUGUGCUAUUUUCUUAUGCAGCUGCGUAUGAUCCUUUGGAUCCCAACGGAAACAUAACGAUCAAAUGGGAUGUUGUGUCUUGGACAGCAGAUGGCUAUGUGGCAGCGGUAACAAUGAGCAAUUUCCAAAUGUACCGACACAUAAUGAAUCCAGGAUGGACAUUAGGAUGGUCAUGGGCUAAGAAAGAAGUAAUAUGGUCAAUGGUAGGAUCUCAAACAACUGAACAAGGAGAUUGCUCUAAAUUCAAAGGCAAUGUACCUCAUUGCUGCAAGAAAACUCCUACAGUUGUAGACUUUCUACCUGGUGUACCGUACAAUCAACAAUUCUCAAACUGUUGUAAAGGUGGAGUUGUAGCAGCAUGGGGACAAGAUCCUUCAUCAGCUGUUUCAGCUUUCCAAAUUAGUGUUGGACAAGCUGGUACUUCAAACAAGACAGUGAAACUUCCUAAGAACUUUACUCUUUUGGCUCCUGGUCCUGGUUAUACUUGUGGUCCGGCUAAGAUUGUUCCUUCCACCACUUUCCUCACCCCAGAUAAGCGCCGCAAGACUCAAGCGCUUAUGACAUGGAAUGUUACAUGUACAUACUCACAAUUUCUUGCAAGAAAGAAUCCAAGUUGCUGUGUAUCUUUGUCAUCCUUCUAUAAUGAGACUAUCACCCCUUGUCCUUCUUGUGCCUGUGGCUGCCAGAACAACAAGAAGAAUUGUGUCAAGGGUAAUUCCAAAUUUCUGGACAUGGUAGGGUUACAUACUCCAAAGAGGGACAAUGAACCAUUGCUUCAGUGUACUCAUCAUAUGUGCCCUAUUAGGGUACACUGGCAUGUGAAGACCAACUAUAAGGACUAUUGGAGAGUUAAGCUAGCAGUGACAAAUUUCAAUUACAGAUUGAACUAUUCUCUUUGGACUCUUGCUGUACAGCAUCCAAAUCUUAACAAUGUCACCCAAGUUUUCAGCUUUGAUUACAAACCUUUGCUUCCCUACCAAUCCAUAAAUGACACUGGCAUGUUUUAUGGUAUGAAAUACUUCAAUGAUCUCUUAAUGGAAGCUGGACCAAGUGGAAAUGUACAAUCAGAAGUGCUUCUUCAAAAGAACAAGGAAACGUUCACAUUCAAUCAAGGAUGGGCGUUUCCUAGAAGAGUCUACUUCAAUGGUGAAGAAUGCAUGAUGCCUUCACCUGAUUCCUACCCUUACCUCCCUAAUUCUUCUCCUAAGAAUGUCCUCAACUUCCAAACAUUCAUUAUCUCAUUUCUUCUCUUCUUAGCUCUUUGGUGUAUUGGUACAUAAACAAGUUUGGAUUAUCAUGUUGAAAUUUUGAAGCCAGGUAUUGUUCCUUGAAAAAUGUUAUAACUGGUAUGAAGACUCUAAUGAAUGUGUUGUGUGAUUCAUGAGCACUAGCAACAGAAUGAUGAGUAUAACUCUCAGCCAAGAUUUUUGUCUCAAUGUAAAUAGUUGUGUUACAAUGCUAUUAUAUCUCUCUUAUACAAUGUCAUGUUUGAAUAAA